UGCGGUGAUCGUGACGCUAUCAUUGACUAUUGCACAAAAAUGUUUCUUCCAAAAUGUCUUAUUACAAAAAAUCUUGUUAUGUUAAUAUUCCUGAUAUUUCUCAAUGUAAAGCUAGGAGGUACUAGACACGGGAAACGGCAAUUACAUCAUGCUGUGCUUAAUGAAAGACCGAUCAUUGGAGUCUUGACUCAGUCGACCCAAAGAUUUUUCCCUCUUGAUGAAAUGGGUAACAAUUACAUUCCUGCCUCUUAUGUUAAGUUCGUCGAAUCGUCGGGAGCUCGAGUUGUACCAAUUUUUAAUAAUUUUACCAAAACUGAAUUACGUAGAUUAUUUGAAUCAAUCAAUGGCGCUGUUUUUCCGGGUGGAAAGGUAAACUUAUUUACUUCAAAAUAUGCAAGAACAGCGAAAUAUAUAUUUGAAUUUGCUCGGGAAGCCUACGAUCGUGGAGAAUAUUUCCCAAUAAUUGGCAUGUGCCUUGGUCAUCAGCUAUUAGCCACUAUUAUAAAUGGCGCUCGUGUGGAUCCUCGAAUACCUACGAACACGACAAAUAUCACAGCACCGCUAAAUCUUCCAAAAAAUUAUUAUGAUACCAAAAUUUUUCGCCAUCUACCGAAAUAUCUGGCUAAAGAUGCCAACAUGACGGAAGUUGCUGGCCAUUUUCAUGAAUACAGUCUUCCAGCUGAUUAUUUCCAUGCAAGCGUAGUACUGAAUGAAUUUUACCGAAUUGUUACAUCUAAUAUCAUAGACGGUCACGAAAUCGUUUCCACACUUGAAGGUAGAAAAUAUCCGUUCUAUGGAUUUCAAUGGCAUCCAGAAAAGCCUCCGUUUGAAUGGAAUUCACAUAAAACCAUCCCACAUUCCUCCACAGCUAUCAAAAUGAGUCAUUAUGUUUCUGAUUUCUUCGUCAACGAGGCAAAACGCAGCACACACAAAUUUCCAUCUGAAGAAGAGGAAAGACGUGCACUGAUAUCAAACUUUAAUCCAGUUUUCACUAUAGGAUUGGAUCCAAAUGCGACUUUUUCACAAGUUUAUUUUUUCGACUGAGCAAUUUUAUGAACCAAGUUUACAUCUGUUUUUUGGAACAAAAAACAUGUGGCCAACCAGGGCACUUUAGGAAAUUUGUUUGUCAAAAUAUGAGAAUAUUUAUAUAGAAUAUUUACUGCCGAGUAUUACAUUUUUCACCUUUAUACUUUCCUGUUCAGAGACCUUAGGAUAUCUUUAUUUGGUGGUGGGAGUUGAAAUGGUUUACUUGCUAUUGCAACAAACAAAUUUGUGAUGUCUCUCCUCACUCCUUCUCCUAAAAACAUCGCAUCUCCGUAGUUCCUGCUGUCAUGAACCUAAAACUAAAUAAUUUUACUGAAAGCUGUUAUAAUGAGGGACACUAUAGAGUACUGUUUAAACAUUUUAAAUAUUUUAUGGCGGAUUCAUUUUCCAUAUUAUACGGUAUUGCAACAGAUUACAGACUUCUUUGAUAUGACAAUUUCUAUGUAAAAAAUUUAUACAAAUUGAUCCAAAA